AUUAUUUCAUGCCUUUAUUAUUAUUAUUUUAUUUUGCAGAUACACUUGUAGUAGAUGACUCCCAGAUAACAGUAGUAAUGGAAAAGGUUUACAAAGAACAUAACUACAUCCUGUGUCCACAUACAGCGACUGCAGCAGCAUACCAUUACAUGAGCAAGGAAGAAAAUCCACGUGGCUAUAUUGCAACAGCUUCACCAGCCAAGUUUCCAGAGGCAGUAGAGAAAGCAGGAGCACAACCUGUCACAGAGGGUGUCAGCCACCUCAAGGACCUCCCAACAAAGUUUAUGUGGAUGAAGAAGGGAGAAGAUUGGUACUCCAUUCUUCGUAAUAGGAUAGAAGCUAUCUCUUCCAAGAAGGAGUAAAGAAGGAGAGGAAGAUGUAUGUUCAUGUUAAUCAUUUUUUGCAGGUCGUUCAGGGAUGGUGCAUGAAAUUAGUGAAGAGGAUAAAUGUGUGGUUUGUAGUAGAUUUUAAACUUUGAUUAAAUGUUUGGUAACAUGUCACCUUUAUUUUCUACUUAUUAUUUUUUAUUGAUAUAAUUGUCUUGUGA